GCGAGUUGGCCAGCGGGCUCGGAGUGGUGCAUGGCCCACGCUGCAAGCCAUGCCAGAGGACCAGCAUUUGAUCGCGGACAAGAGCGAAGAGGGCGGCUCCAAGUCCACGGCCAAACGUCUCCUCUCCUUUUUUGCAGCCGUCCGGUGUAACCAAGUCUUGAGAUCGGUGCUCGGGCACCUUUGUCUCUUUAGCACGUUGGUCAUCUACACUGGUCUCGGCGGUUUGGUUUUUCGAGCCCUCGAGAGGCCAGGCGAGGUGACGCGAGUUGCCGAGGCGCAGAACUUCCUCUGGGACCAGCGACUCAGCUUCAUCGCAUUAAUCUCCAAUUUCAGCGGCUCUUCCUCCUCGUUGAAUUUUUCCUCCUUCCUCAGUUCGCAGCUCGCCGACUAUGAAGAGUCGAUUUACAUUGCGGCCCAGCAGGGCGUUUUCCAAGUUCCCCGCGAGCAGCCCGACGUCGAGUCGGCGGCCGAGACAGCGGGCUGGGGUUACCUGCACUCGGUGUUCUUUGCCUCCACCGUAUUAACCACCAUAGGUUACGGGAAUGUGGCACCUGUCACUUUUUGGGGGCGCGCCUUUUGCGUGGUGUUCGCCCUCGUCGGCAUUCCGCUCACGCUGACUGUGAUCGCCGACCUGGGCAAGAUCAUCGCCUCGUCGCUCGGCCAACUUGGAGAAUUACUCAAGAAAAGGGUUAGCUGCAUUCGCCAUCUCUUAGCAGACGACAAUUCAAAAGGAAAUGCAGGGCUUGGGGUGUGCAUCAAAUCAAUGUCCUUUUUGUGCGCCAUUUUCCUCCUCCUGAUGUACAUUGCAGCUGGAGCUGCUCUUUUUACUGUCUGGGAAGACUGGACGUUCUUCGAAGGCUUCUAUUUCUGCUUCAUCACAAUGACUACAAUUGGAUUUGGAGAUUUAGUUCCACGCGAACCAGACUACAUGUUGAUCUGCACCGUUUACAUUUUGGUCGGCCUGGCCAUGACGUCGACAAUAAUUGAAUUGGUGCGCAGACAGUACGCCCAGUCGUGGAAGCGCAUGAAGGAACUGACGGCGCACCUGCAGAACCUCUCAGGGCCCAUCACGGACGCCCUGAAAAAAAUCGAUUUAAGCCGAGCUUCCUCCACCAUUGAUCUUAGCGUCCUGACCGAGCUCAGAGAACUGAAAAAGACCCUGGCCCUGACUCAGCUGGAGACCAAACUCCGGUUUCCGACGAGAAACAAAAAGGGCAACGAGUGGCAAAAAGAGGUCGAAGCGGCAAUGCAGGAAAUCGUGCAGCUCUCGGCGCCCCCCAGAAAAGUGCACACCAUUGUUAUCUACGAGUCUUCAGUUUGAUUUUGUAUUGAUGGUUGUCCUUAAUAAAAUUUUUAUUUCAA